AACUGGAAGCGUGCGAAGGGGCUGCUGCGGAUGAGUUUACGAUUUUGUUCUCUUUCUCACUCGUCUCAGAGAAAGCUGAAUUCGUAAGAGAACCCGGCAGAGAAAGAAUUCGCGAGAGGGAGAGAAGAGAGAAUGUCCGGAAAAGGGGCAAAGGGUUUGAUAAUGGGGAAGACCCCAAACGCUAGCAAGGACAAGGACAAAGACAAGAAGAAGCCGACCUCUCGCUCCUCUCGCGCCGGCCUCCAGUUUCCAGUCGGUCGUAUCCAUCGCCUGCUGAAAUCGAGGACCACAGCCCAUGGCAGAGUGGGAGGCACUGCUGCUGUCUACACCGCUGCUAUCUUGGAGUAUCUGACUGCCGAGGUUCUCGAGCUGGCUGGCAAUGCCAGCAAAGAUCUGAAGGUGAAACGUAUCACGCCCCGACACUUGCAGCUUGCGAUUCGGGGUGAUGAGGAGCUUGAUACCCUCAUCAAGGGCACCAUAGCUGGGGGAGGUGUCAUUCCUCACAUCCACAAGUCCCUCAUCAACAAAUCCUCCAAGGAGUAGGUUAAGAAUUGAGCUUGCUCUCUUUUACCUGAAACUGUGAAACUUCUUUUCACCCUUAUGUAACUAAGCUAUCUGCUGUGCUACUACUCUUAGGUUUUUCUUUAGUUAUGCAUAUGGUUCUGUGUCUAUUUACUGUCAUUGCACAUUAGUUGGAUGAAUUCUGUCAGUACAUUUGAGCAUUCACCAA